AUGAUAAAGUUAUAUGUUUUUGCUGCAAUCUUGAUUGUGGCUUUAGCAGCACCUAGUUUAGGAAAUCCAGCACCAGACUGUCCGCCCGGUGGGCACAGUGGAUAUUCAUAUCCAGCACCAGAAGUACAAUUGUCCGUAGGAAAAGCAAUAAACUCUGUUAGCAUAACACCCGGAUUUUCAUCGUAUUCUGAAGGUGGAGCCGUUAAAUACGCAUCCGUAGGACCUUCAUAUAGCUCUUAUGACGCAUCUCCUGCAUACUCCGCUUACGGCAGUGACGCUGGAUUGAAGCUCUCUAGCUAUGUUCCGGCUGUGAAAAGUAUCUCCGCGACUCCAGGCGUUGUCUACGCAGAUAAAUCACCGGCAGUAACAUUUGGUUCAAGUAUCGCUGCUCCCGCUUUCGUUGCUCCCGCUGUGGCAACAAAAUACGUGUCUAGUGCACCAGCAUAUGUUUCGAAAGAUUAUCUUCCACCAGUUAAGACUGUAGUUUCCGCUGGCCCAGCCUAUUCCUCGUACGUCGCUGGCCCGGCAAUUUCAUCUUACUCCGCAACCCCUGCUGUAUCUUCAUAUAUUUCCACACCAGCUGUUAGCAAAGUCGCGUAUGCCGCACCAGCCGUUAGUUAUGCUGCUCCUAUUGCUUAUGCUCCAGCAGCAAAAGUAGCAAGUAUUGCUGCUCCAGCCGUUUCUUAUGCAUCUUAUGCACCUGCUGCAAAAGUGGCAACAUAUGCGGCACCAGCAGCAUACGCCUCAUAUACUCCGGCCGCCAAAAUCGCUUAUGCAGCUCCAUCACUGAGCUAUGCAGCACCCGUUGCAAAAGUGGCUGCUGUUGCUGCUCCUGCUGUAUCCUAUGCAUCAUACGUUCCGGCAACAAAAGUGGCAGCAAUCUCAGCUCCAGCUGCCUAUGCAUCGUACACCCCUGCCGCUAAAGUAGCAGCCUAUGCAGCUCCAGUUUCGGUAGCCGCUUAUGCACCUGCUGCUAAGGUAGCAUAUGCGGCUCCAGCAUCCUACGCCAGCUCAUAUGCGACCAGCUCAAAUAUUGCUUAUGCUGCACCAGUCGCAAAAAUAGCAUCAUAUGCUGCACCAGCUGCGUACGCUACAUAUUCCCCUGCAGCUAAAGUUGCUUAUUCAGCACCUGCCGUAUCAUAUGCUGCUGCUGCUCCAGCUGUAGCCAAAUACGUUUCUGCACCCGCUGUUUCCUCAUACUAUGCAGCACCAGCCGUCGCCAAAUAUGCUACAAGUCCAGCAAUUUCCAGUGCGUACGUAUCUGCUCCAGCGAUUACUAAAUAUGCACCAUAUUCUGCCCAUGCAUACGCGCCUGCCGUAUCACCAGCUUACCUUUCACAGCCAGUUGUUUCAAAGGUUGCCUAUGGCGGUCCAGCAGUUGCAAAGUAUGUGUCUAGUCCAGCUAUUUCUGCGUACGCAUCUACACCAGCGUUUUCAUCUUACGUUUCUUCGCCGGCCGUCUCUAAAGUGGUAUCCAGCCCAGCUUCAUACUCAUACGUUUCAAGUCCAGCAAUAGCAAAGGUGGCUGCUGUUCCUGCCGUAUCAGCUUCAUAUGCUGCUCCCGCUGCUAUCUCUACCGCUUAUGUUGCACCAGCAAUUACAAAAGUAGCGGCUGCUCCUGCAAUUUCAGCCGCAUACGUGGCUGCACCAGCGGUUGCAAAAUACACAACCGGACCAGCUUAUGCUGCCUACAGUGCGGGCCCCGCAUAUUCCAAAUUGGCCGUGUCACCGGCGAUUUCAGCGUAUAGUUCUGGAGCUUCCCUAUCGAAAUUAGUAUCAGGACCGGCAUAUUCGAGCUAUGUUAGUGCUCCAGCAAUCUCGAAAGUCGUUGCCACGCCUGCUGUAGCCGCGUAUAGCGCAUCUCCCGCUUAUUCUGCUUACUCUGUUGGCCCGGCAGUUUCCAAAUAUGCGGUCAGUCCCGCCAUAGCAGCAUACUCGGCUGGUGGAGGUGCUCAUGGUUACUACGGCGGCGGCCCGAUUCUUUCAUCUGCACAUUACGGUGGACUACGAUAUGCUUCUGCUGUGCCGGCUAUCUCAACUAGCUAUGCGGCUGCACCAGCUGCUACCAUUUACAAAUCGGCGGUUCCAGCGACGAUCGUGAAGACAGUUGCCGAAAAACAUCUCGAAUACUACGAUGAUCACCCACGAUACGCGUUUGAGUAUGGAGUGAACGAUCCUCUGACUGGUGAUAAUAAGCACCAUAAGGAGGAACGCGACGGAGAUGUUGUCCGUGGUCAGUACUCACUGGUUGAACCUGAUGGCAACGUACGUACGGUGGAUUACUAUGCCGACUGGGCCACCGGAUUCCAUGCUACCGUAACCAACAGUAGGGACCAGGUCCACGCGGUGAAAGUUCUAGGAAAACGAGCCGUUGUUAAAACGUAAUACUUCCAAUCGCUGCCUAAAUGACCCACGACAAAAUGUGAAUGUUUUUAGUUUGUAGAAUGUAGGUAAAGAAGAAAGAUGCCAACGCAAUUUAUUUAUUGAUCGAUGCAAUAUGUCAACAGCGAGCGAAAGGAAGAAAAACAUUGUAAAGAAAAAUCUUCUGUUUCAUCGUUUUAUUUUUUGCUAGCCAUGAUUUUUCAUUAGUACCAUUUCCAUACUGCGACCUCUUGUAAAUACUAAUUUUAAAAAAAAUUAAUUUUCACGACACAAAUAACCCAAUGCCAUUUCCUACAAAUCUUUUUUGUUUGUUUUGCACAUGAUCUGUUUCCUCACACCUUACCAUUGUUUUGUUAAAUCAUUUUUAAUGAGAUGCCAGCGAGAGUAACGAAUAGUAAGCAUUUGACUCAAUCAAAGGAAAAA